AUGGCUGCUGAGCCCAUCACGGGAAACCUGAGAGAGCCUUGCUGCCAGGGAGGUGUGUAUCAGAGGAAGUUGUACCAGGACCUGAUGGUCAACUACAAUCGUCUGGAGAGACCGGUCCAGAAUGACUCCGCACCCAUCCUGGUUGAACUUGGUUUCACGUUGCUCCAGAUCAUCGAUGUGGACGAGAAGAACCAAGUUUUGAUCACCAAUGCUUGGUUGCAGCUGCACUGGACAGAUAUCUACCUCACAUGGGACCAAGACAGCUACCCUGGUGUUCAAAACCUGCGAUUCCCUUCCAAUCAGAUAUGGGUGCCAGAUAUUCUGCUCUACAACAGUGCUGAUGAGAGGUUUGAUGCAACUUUCCAUACAAAUGUGCUGGUCAACGCCACAGGAGCCUGCCAGUAUAUCCCACCAGGCAUCUUGAAGAGUACAUGCUACAUCGAUGUGCGCUGGUUCCCAUUUGAUGUGCAGAAGUGUGACCUGAAGUUUGGAUCCUGGACACACAACGGCUGGCUGCUAGACCUCCAGAUGAUGGAUGUGGACAUUUCCACCUACAUACCCAAUGGCGAGUGGGACCUUGUAGGUGUGCCGGUCAAACGUAAUGAGCUGUAUUACGACUGUUGCAAAGAACCGUACCCUGAUGUGACGUUCACUGUCACCAUGCGCCGUAGGACACUUUACUACGGGCUCAACUUGCUCAUCCCCUGUGUGCUAAUCUCUGGUCUGGCCCUGCUGGUCUUCCUGCUGCCUGCAGACUCUGGAGAGAAGAUCUCGCUUGGCAUCACCGUGCUGCUGUCUCUGACUGUCUUCAUGUUGCUGGUAGCAGAGAUCAUGCCUGCCACGUCAGACUCUGUUCCUCUCAUUGCUCAGUACUUUGCCAGUACAAUGAUGAUCGUGGGUUUAUCCGUGGUCGUGACGGUUCUCGUUCUACAGUUCCACCACCAUGACCCUCAGGGAGGCAAAAUGCCCAAAUGGGUUCGAGUCAUCCUCCUAAACUGGUGUGCUUGGUUCCUGCGCAUGAAGAAGCCUGGGAAGGACGUCAAAAGAACAGCUCAAUCCAGCAGUUGCUCAGCAUACAAGUACCCCCACAACUCUCCGCACCAUCACAGCAGCAACAGCAUGCAGAUGAGCGCCACAGCCGGCCAGGCGUCCACUCAGUCCACCCUUAAUGGGAACAUGAAGCUGUACCUGGGAUACAUGGGAACAGACAACCCUUCUUUCCCACCCGCCACCGAUUCGGGUGUGCUGAUGUGUGGCGGCGACGGUGGAGGCGGCGACAGAUCCGCUGGUUUGUCCCAAGGUGACAUCCACUCGGAGCAAACGCGGACUUUGUUGCACGAGAGACUCCCGGAAAUUUCCCAGAUCCUAGAGGAAGUGCAGUACAUCGCCAGGCGCUUCCGAGAGCAGGACGAGGGAGAGGCAAUCUGUAGCGAGUGGAAGUUCGCAGCCGCGGUGGUUGAUCGUUUAUGCCUGGUGGCUUUUUCACUCUUCUCCAUCAUUUGCACCUUCACCAUCCUCAUGUCUGCUCCCAACUUCAUCGAGGCAGUGUCCAAAGACUUCACAUGAAGCAGAUGAUCGUCAUCUCAUGUUGAACGUUCAGGCCGUAUGACUGAAGCCCUGCAAGAUCUCUUCCGUACUUCACCUUCAAUCAAUCAAUCAAUCAAAGUUUAUUUAUAUAGCCAUAAUCACAAGUGUCUCAAAGGGCUGCACAAGCCACGACGACAUUCUCGGCUCGGAUCCUUGCCUGUGGAUGUUCUCGUUCAUCAGGUCGUCGCAUUCUCCGUGCAUUCAGUCGAUCACAACUGGACUGUUCUGUUUGUCUUAGAAGAUGUUUCACCUCUCACCUGAGCAGACUUCAUCAGUUCAUGCUCAUGACUUAAAUUGGUCAGAUCCAAUGUCAGGACCCAAACUCUUUAUCCUCAAGCAGGAGGAGAGGUACAUGCCCACGCAAGAAAAGGUUUGUGGUCUAAAAUGUUGUAGCUAUGCUAAGACACAGAGAAGUGACACUUCUGUCAGCACAACAACAGUCAUUAAAUGGCAUUCCUCCUCCUUAUUAUUGUUUGGAACAACAAUCACGGUUAAGAGACCUCAACCAGCACAACAACAGUUGUUGGAAUGCAAUCACCGUCCUUAGCAUUCUAUGUAUUAAUAGCACAAAAGGAUCAUCAGGAAAUGGAAUGUUCCUAGCUCCUGCUUUUUGUUGAAUGCUAAAUUUUAGUCUGUUAGGAAUAAUUGAACAGGCAGUGUUGUAUGUGUUUAGCGAUGGUUUUUCAACCUUGACAUAGAUGGCUUCAAUCACUCCCCUUUCAUCUUCUCUGUCCAGAAUCUGUAAUUUUUUUUGUGCUUUCUUUUUUCUUUUCUUCAAAUGAUUUAAUUUAAAGGUGCCAUAUGUAGACAUUUCAUGUCAACUCAUCAUUAAAUUAACCUGACUCUCGCCAGACCCUUGUAGUUCGCUGAGCUCCACACAAGGGUCUGGGCUCGAAGGCAUUGCAAACUCCUUCCAGAUAGCAACAAAUAAUGAACCAAUCAGGAUCGCCGGGCGGGAUUUCAUAGUUGUGACGUAGCGCCGAAGCGACUGUUUGAUUUAAACAACUAUGGCGGCACACAGCCCUCGCUGCGUCGUGUGCUGACAUUGAUUCUGCUAAUGCAACUGUUUUGUCGAAUCAAUCGAAUAUUAAUUCUUUAAAAGAUGAACAGAGAACGGUUUUGAAGGCAUUGAUUGGUGGCAAGGAUGUUUUAGCUCUUCUUCCGACCGGGUUUGGAUCUCCCACGCUCUCAUCAGUGUCACAAGUUGAUUUCGAUGUGAGUGGUUGAAGUAGCACGUCAUUGAAGAUAACGGACAAGUGGUUUAUUCAAUCACAUACAAUGAUUUUUUUACAAGGCCCCGCCUUCUGAAAAAUUCUCCAAUUGAGAACUCCCAGAUUCUUGUGUGGAGCUCAGCGAACGACAAGGAUCUGGCGAGAGUCAGGUUAUCAUUAAAUGGCCCUGAUAUGUCAAAAGGCAUUAAUAAAUCAUGUUCUUUUCGAAUACCUUUAUAACUGAUAACGGUUGUUCAGGCGGGAUAUGCUCAUUUCAAAAUUAGAUUUACAGCCCCGAAAUCUUAUUGUUUUCAUUUCGAUGCCCCACCCUCCCCCGUUUCACCAAUUAGAAAGUCUGUGAGUGUGUCACAUCCAGGUUGCCAGUUACGAACCUCCACCUUCGUCUGGCUACUGCCACUGGUAAAGUUACUAAACAUGUCAGACCUUAGUAAAUCUAAAAGGCGUCGUUACGAUUCUCAGCUUAUUCAUGACAAAACCAGGAACAAAACGAGGAUUUGUAUCGGGGAUGCCUUUGAAAGAUGGAGACGAUUGAAAGCGGAUAAGUUUUUUCCUCUAACGCCAAACUUGCUAAUUUCCUCCUUGAUAGGUAAGUCAGGCAUUUACAUUUUCUUAAUACUUGUAAUAAAUAGAAAUGGGCAUUUCGUAUGUAAACUAUAUUGUCCAACACAGUCUAUGAUCUUGUCUAACAAAGCUAGUAUGUUCGUGCAACCAAUGCUUAGCAUGCUAGCCCAGUCAAUGACACAUGGACAUAUAGGCUAACGGGGGAAAUAUAUGCCUGUUAGCCUGUAUGUCGAUGUGUCAUCAAACUGACAGGAAUAAAUAUUUUUUCCACAAAUAAAACCUAUGUGGAUAUGAGUAGUGUCAGUGCCUAUUUCCUUGUCAAUAUGCUGAUACGCUGAGGAAAUGCGUUCCAACAUUAACACGGCUAAUUGCGGUUUCUGGUACUGUAUGUUCAUCAGGCACAUAUGGGGUGGUAUUUGCUUGGCACAAUAUAAUGAAUUACAUGUAAUGAUUUUCUACUUUGUGUAUUGACAUGGUAGUAGGCUAUAUGAUUUAUGCGUGACUUAGACUUAGAC